GUGACCGCUGUAGAAACACAACUUGGACCUGCAGGAUUCAUCCAAUGAUUGGGUUUGUUUUGUUCAGUUUGUCUUCAUCAGACUUUUAUUUUCAUCUCAUUCUUAUACAGUCACCUUAAGGAAGUUUGUUGUGAGGAUUUAGUUAAUUAUCUUCCAAGCGCGGACUCAUAGGGGCAACGGCUGAAAAAUAAUAAAUAAUAAUAAUAACAUACAAUCCUUGCACGAGAACACUUGAAACGCUUUUCAAACUUUCGUCUUACUGCAGAUGGAGUAGACCAAAGCAGAGUCGGCAAAAGUACUUACACUAAGCAGAAGUAUAGAUAAAAAAAAGACUGGCAAAUUCUAUUUCCAUUCCAUUUCUGCACUUAAGGAAAAGUAAAAAAAUAAUAAUAAUAAUAAUUCAAAAGUAUAGUUUCUGAAAUGUACUUGCGUUCAAAAGAAAACAUUUGGGGAGCAUUUUUUUAAACAAAAAUGUUCAAAUAAAGCCAUCUUUGUUUGAAUAAAAAGUGUUAUAAUAUGAGAAAGAAAGUUGUAUUUUUUAAAAUUCACUUGCCUAAAUAUGAAUUCCUUCAUAUGAUAAUAUUUAACUUUAAUAUCAUAUUAUUACGACGUUAUCACUGAAAAAUUCAACUUCAUCGCCAGAGGAUUAUGACUUUUUAAUCCCGCCCAAAAUAUGUCUUUGACCACCGACGGGCCGUCAUUGGAACAGCAGGCGGCCAAACAUAAGGACUGUGACAGUAUCGUCUUAAGACACACAAGGGGCACUGCAAGAGUUUGUUUUGAAGGAUAUAUAUUUUAAUUAGAAGACAAUAUUCCAGCCAUUCAUUUUCUACACUGCUUAACCUCUGGUGUCACGGAUAAAAUCAUUAUGAUAUUUUUUAUUAUUGAUUUUAGUGCUGUAUAUGUUCAAUAAUUAUUUUAUAUUUGUUAUAGCUAUGGUUGUAGUUCUUUUAAAGUGCUCUAGAAAGAAGUUGAGUGGCCUUUUUUUCUCAAAAAUAGAAAACUUCUGAAUUCCUAUGGCAUUUAGGGGUACACAUUUAUAAGCGUUGCGAACAUGGGGGGCAUGUGGGGGUCCUUGCGGGAAAAACCCGAGUGGAUGACUGGAAGACCACCUCAGAUGGGUUUUGAGCUCUGAUUUUGGAUGAUUUACUGAUUACAAAUUGUUAAAAUGUCACUGUCUAAAACCACCAGAACUCAAAGGUUUACACAUACGCACACUAAAUUGUUCUAUUCAUAUUUUAUACCAAAUGUAAUAAUAUGUUUCUGUCUCCAAUAGCUUUAGAUGGAAUAAUAUUUUCAUAUGUAUAUAAAACCCAUUUUGGUCGGAACUGUUCGCUCAAUAUAUACACGGAAGCUUUAUGGUGACGGACAAAGGCCACGGGAACGCCAAAAAUUGACGAGCGGCCUGCCAUGUGGAGAUGAUGGAAAUGUUGUCACACGUCAGAGGGACAUCGGCGUUCUUCAGAGACUCCUUCAGGACGGGCAGUUGUAACACGCUCACUCGGGUGACUCGCGCCUGCAGCACUCUGUUGACUGGGAGCAGCAAAGGGGGUCUUGUCCUGCACUCCCAAUCCAGCGACGUAUAUGACAACCUUUCCCUGGAGGACUGGAUCGAUGCCAAUGUGGACCUGAAGCGACUGAAUGUUCUGCUGCUGUGGCGCAACACGCCGGCUGUGGUCAUCGGGCGACACCAGAAUCCGUGGAAGGAGUGCAAUCUGUCGCUCGUGAGGCGUUCCGGGAUAUCUUUAGCUCGCAGGCGAAGUGGUGGAGGCACGGUCUUUCAUGACCUAGGGAACUUGAACUUGACCUUCUUUGCUUCCAAGAAUGCGUACGACCGCCAGAGGAACCUGAAGGUCAUCACAGAGGCCCUGAGGCGUCUCCGGCCCGGACUGGAUGUUGAGGCCACCGAAAGGUUCGACAUUUUCCUCAAGGGGUGCUACAAAAUCACAGGAAGCGCGUCUAGAAUCAGCCGGAAGUCAUCCUACCAUCACUGCACCCUGCUGCACUCUGCCGACCACUCCACCCUCUUGCCCAUCUUGCGCUCCUCCUGCCAGGGUGUCCACAGCAAUGCCACACCCAGUGUGCCAUCUCCUGUGGCCAACCUGGUGGACCAUGACCCCACACUGACGUGGGAGGCGCUACUGGAUGCGUUGGCAGAUCAGUACAGUGCAGAGUUUGGCGGCUGCGGCACAAUGAAUGCGGUGAACCCUGCUGAUGAGUCCACAUUUCCUGGUCUCAGCAGGAUGUCAGCAGAGCUGCGAGGAUGGGACUGGAUCUUUGGAAAGACACCUAAGUUCAGCAUCCAAACUCUGCUGAAAAUGACCGAUGACCUUUCAUCGGCCGGACGCACGGUCAGGCUGCGUUUGGAAAUCAAGCACGGUGUGAUUGAGAGCUGUAGCUUGGACGUUCCCACCUGCUGGCUUCCGCACAGCCUAAGCAGUGAGCUGAGCAGCGUGCUGGUGGGACAGCGAUUUUGUCCACAUCACACUGCUGUAGCUUUUUCGAUGCUGUUACGUUGCGAGAGUGGCGAGAAGCAGAACAGACUGCGGAGACUUUGUGAUGCCAUAUUGGCAGUCAUGGGCUAAAACAAACAGAAACUGGGGUAACCCAUUUUAAUCCUGAUGUCGUGGCCUUUGAGGAAUUCCCGCAUUGUUCAAUGUGUAUAACACCUGAUGUAAGAUGUUCAAAUAAGUGAAAACCUUAUAUCGUGAACCCCCACUACUCACAGGGGUUUGGGACCGGGCCCGACCGCAAGUAGUGAAAAUGUGAAUUUUUAUUUUUUUUUUAUUUAAAAAAUAAAAUAAAAUUUGAAUAAGCAGGGAUAUACCACCAAUAAGUGUUUUCCAUGAAAAACAGGUUUAUCUAUAUAAAUAUAAUAUAUAUACAUAUAUAUAUGUAGCCCUCACUGGCAGUACUCACAAAACCGUUGAGCCCUCAGUUCACUGGGGAAAAGAAAACCGAAACCGAUUGGCGUAGGAACGCGCCCUCAAAACGCUUCAGUAGGCACAGCGACUGGAUCCCGUAGCGUCGAAGCGGCAGCCCGGUGGCGUUCAGCAGGCAGGACCCGUGGCCUUGAAAGAGUAAAUCCGUUUGCGUGGAAAAACCAGCUCAAGAACCCCAAAAAAACAACAACUCUUAUCUCCCGCCCUCUUUUUCACACGACCCACCUCCUUCCCCCCAAUCCCAUUGGACGCACCACCCAUUCAAUCAAUCAUUAAAAAAAAAAAAAAAAAAAAAAACUGAAAUGUUCACAGACCCCUCGGAACGCAGGACACCCCAGUAUCCAUCCACACAAAGAACCAAACAAAUACAGUUCAACACAUUUUAGUCAGUACACUACAGUCUCCCCCCACAAAAAAAAAAUGGUCAUGCCCUCAUGACAUGUAUAACAACAUAACCUUUUAUGAACAGGAUAAACACUCCCCUCUCAAACCAAUCCACUUAUAAAAAGUGCUCUUGUACCUCAAAGGUGAUGGAGAUAAACCAUCUGUCUUAUCAUCAACCUUAGCUAGAGAGACAGUAUGAGUACUAACUGCCACAGAGCUUGGACUCCCUAACAAGUCAUAGGUUAGUCGGGUAGGAACCCUUUUCAGUCUUUGAGGCCGUCGUGCCUCGUCUGAACUCUCUGUAACACUGUCUUGUCUCGCAGUCGUUACAUCGAAUGUCUGUGCUUCAGUGUCCCUUCCAGUAUCAACAGUACUUUCAAAUGUCUCAUCUUGCACUACGGAUCCAUCGUCAUCUGUUGCCGCAGGUGCCUCAACUGUAACCUCAUCCAUCUCUUGGUUAAUUGGAGGGACAACUUGAUCCAAAUCCAGGCUGACAGGUUCUGAUUGAACAGUUUCCUGAGCUUCCGGUUGUCUUGACUCACAUAUGGAGUGAUAAUCAUACCACACACCCAUUUCAUCCUCUUCUGAGUCAGAUGCAGACUCAAUCUUUUCAACAUGAUCAAGCUUUGCUUUGAGUCUUUUGCUGGCUCUCCUUUUGCGUUGAAGUGUAUCUUCGUUCUUUUCCACAUUCAAUUUAACUUCCUGUCCAAUGGGCAGAAUGUGAUUUCGGUGCAAUACUUUGUUAGAGCCUUGUCCGUUCUCUGGCUUCAACUUGAACACAGGCAAACCAGGGAGUUGACUCUCCACAACGUAUGGUGUAGCUUUCCAACGAUCAGCUAACUUGUGUUUUCCUUGCAGUCCAAGAUUUCUGAUUAACACCCUGUCACCAGAGACUAAUGGACAGAAACGAACUCUCUGAUCGUAGCGUUGUUUGUUCCCUUCAUUUUUUUUUCUAGCCAUGCUCUCGGCGAGCUGGUAGGCAGUCUGUAAUUCUCGUUUCAUGUUUUUGACGUAUUUCAGAUAGGACUUGGUGGAUGUACCAUCACUUGAGACUCCAAAUGCCACAUCUACUGGCAGUCUAGCCUCUCGACCGAACAUGAGAAAAUAUGGCGAGUGGCCUGUUGAAUCAUUUAGCGUGCAGUUGUAUGCAUGCACCAGCUGACUGAUGUAUUUACUCCCUUUACUUUUGUCCUGUGCAUCAAGAGUACCGAGCAUGUUGAGAAGAGUUCUAUUGAAACGCUCAGGUUGCGGGUCACCCUGCGGGUGGUAGGGUGUGGUUCUAGACUUCUUUAUACCAAGCAUACUCAACAGUUCAUGAAUGAGGCGGCUCUCGAAAUCUCGGCCUUGAUCCGAGUGUACUCGCUUCGGUAGACCAUAGUGGACAAAAUAUUGUUCCCACAGGACCUUAGCAACUGUUGACGCCUUUUGAUCCUUAGUCGCAAAAGCUUGAGCAUAACGUGUGUAGUGAUCUGUAACUACAAGCACAUUACAAAUGUUUCUGGAGUCAGGCUCAAUUGUCAAGAAAUCCAUACAGACAAGAUCCAUCGGCCCCUCACUGGUAAGAUGUGACAACUCAGCAGCUCUCUUGGGCAGCGUUUUCCUCUGAAUACACCUUGGACAAUUUUUACAAUACGUCUCAACCUGUGUUUUCAUAUGAGGCCAGUAAAAUCUCUCGCACCAACCCAUAGGUUUUGUCAAACCCAUGGUGACCUGACUGGUCAUGCAAAGACUGAAGAACAGUUUCUCUGAACUUCUGUGGGAGUGUAAGAGUUGUCGAACUGGUUUGUUGGGUACAGUACAGAGUCCUUGACCUUUAACUUUUCCCACUCUUUUAACAACGACACAUCCGGGUGUUUUCGUUUGUUAGCCCGGUCCGCAAAGUUCUGCACAACAGCACACCACACUUCUCCGAUGCAUGGGUCUUCCUGCUGAGAAUGUGAGAUGUCAGCUAAAGACAUUUGGGGCAGUGGCUGAGUGCUUACAGAAGAGACACUACAAUAAGCUCUGGGUACAGCAUGCUUGGAUGAGCCCAGGAGAUCCACAGCUCUGCAACGGUGAGGAUGAGGUGUUCUAAUUGACGGCAUGUGACAGACAGCUUGGAUGCUGGUAGGAGACAUGGACACUUCCUCUUCACCAGACAUCGCUGUCAGCAUGAGGACGCCGUGACAAUGCAUCUGCAUCAAUGUUUUGUUUUCCAGAGCGAUAUUUCAGGCUGAAAUCAUACAUUGAUAGCUCCGCUAACCAUCUAUGUCCUGUUGCGUCCAACUUAGCGGUUGUUAAGACAUAUGUUAACGGGUUAUUGUCUGUGUGAACCUCAAACUUGACUCCGUAGAGAUAAUCAUGCAGGUUGGUAGUGACAGCCCAUUUUAAAGCCAGAAAUUCAAGUUUAUGCGUGGGAUAAUUUUUUUUCUGACGGAGAGAGGCUCCUACUUACAAAUGCAACCGGCCGCAAACCUUCUCCUUGGUCCUGGUAGAGGACACUUCCUAAGCCUUCGCUACUUGCAUCAACAUGCAGAACAUAAGCCAGAUUUGGGUUUGCGAUUGCUAGGACAGGUGAUUCUGUAAAACUGACCUUUAAUGUCUCAAAAGCUUUCUCACAGUCUUCAUUCCACCUUGCCCCAAACGGCUCUGAGGGGUGGUACCACUCUGUUGUCUUCAUGUCUGUUUUGGAGUUCUCUCUCUUUGUUGUUCUUUUCCCAUUUCAGUCUUUCCUCCUGGCCUUCCAGUCACAAUGCAGCCCUGCAGUAGCUGAUUGAGCGGAUGACAGACUCUGGAAAAAUCUUUCACAAACCGUCGUAGUAUCCGGAAAACCCAAGAAAAGAACGGAGAGCAGUGAUGUUCUCUGGGCGUGGCCACGACUUCACAGCUUCCAUCUUUGAAGGAUGAGUAGCAAUGCCAUUGCUAGAAACGACGUCCCCAAGAUAGGUUACAGAGGGACAGCAGAACUGACAUUUAUCCAAAGAUAAUUUAAGUCCCUCUUCUUUUAAUCUGUCAAGCACUUUAAGAAGGUGCUGCUCAUGUUCCUCCAAUGUUCUCCUGAAAACAAUGACAACAUCAAGGUACACUAACACUUCCAGCAGAUUCAUAUCACCAACCGUCCUUUCCAUGAUACGCUGAAACGUGGCUGGUGCUCUGCAGAUGCCUUGUGGCAUUCUCUCAAAUUGAUAAAAUCCUGCCGGACAGGUAAAUGCCGUUUUUUCUUUGUCAGCAUCACAUAAAGGGAUCUGAUAGUAGCCACUUCAGAGAUCAAGCACGCUGAACCAUUUGCUAGCACUCAGGCAUGUCAGGGUAUCCUCCACACGUGGGACUGUAUACUGGUCAGGAAUUGUUCUCCUAUUUGAUGUCCUGUAAUUCACGCACAUACGUAUGGUCCCAUUUUUCUUGCGGACCACAACGAUAGGUGACGCAUAGUGGCUUCUAGACUCUGAAAUUAUUCCAGCUUCUUUCAAAGCAUUUAAAUGUUUUCUCACAUCCUCCAAAUCCUUUCGAGUUAAGCGUCUAGAGCGUUCUCUGAAUGGUUUGUCCUCUGUCACUCGAAUGCUGUGUUGUGUGCUCUUUGCACAACCAACGUCAAACUCACUACAGGAGAAAACCUCUUUCCUUUCCAUCAUUCUCUGACACAGCCUUUCCUUCCACUCAGGAGGCACAGGAGAAUCUGCGAAGUUGAAAGACGAGGGGGAUAGUUGAGAUGUGGACGGCUUAGAUGACUUCUUUUCAGGGACUGCCAUUUAUUACAUCCACCCUGUGCAAAUGAGCAAUUUGCAUACCGCGUUUCAAUUUCCCAUCAGCUGUUUUGCUUUCAGGAGACGCUUAUUCACUUUUCGGAGAUUCUCUGGUUUUUCACACUCCCGCUGAAAGUGACCAUCUUCACCACAUUUGUAGCAAAAAACAUCUGCACCAUAUUGAAAUCUGGGAGUUCUCUCUUUACCACUUGCAUAUUUUACAGCAGCUUUUUGAGUGUGGUUCUGGAUUGCAUGCUGUGGUGGACUUUCUGAUGUGGCGACAGAGACAGAUAGCAGACGUGCAAUAUCACUUUUAAGCCCCUGAAUUUCCUUCUUCAGACUCUCUAUGGCAUGGUCGGUCUCCACUCCAACAGCUACUGAUGGUGCAGACUCUGGUUGUUUUGACACCACUGACGCCAUAGCACAACCUGCACAUUCUUCACUCUCUCUCUUUCAAGAACCAUCCCCUCUUCUUCUCUUACCUCACGAAGGAGCUCUGUGAAGCUUGGAGCGGGCUUUAGCUUGUAAGUCAUCCGUAUACGAAGUGCAGCAAGAUCAUGAGUGAGAGCACCUCUAGCAAUUUGCUCGAUGCGUGUCCUGUUCAUGUCAGUGACGUCGAUCCCACCUCUCCGAUGAACAGCGUGCAGCAGUUUGUCUAACCUGAGUAAGUAUCCUGUCAACUUCUCAGUUUCUUGCUGGAAUGUGUUACGGAACUUUACCAUGAGAUCAGCUGCACUAUCUGUGGUCCCAAAAGCUGUUUCUAGGGCCUUAAGAUACUCAUUGGCAGUGGCAUUGGGGUUAGUGGCUCUUAAACCCCGGACAAUAUCUGCUGCAGGCCCUUUGAGACUUUCAGCGAUUCUCUGUUUCUUGACAACAUCAGAACAUUGCCACUCAUCCAGCAGGUGGGUGGUCUGUUCCGCCCAAGAGUCAUACUCCUCUUCUCCAGGUAGCGUUGGCUUUAUGCCCGAGAAGAAGCGAAGUUUACGAUAGCCUUGUCCGUCCAUAGGCGGGGCUUGACAUUUUUCCACAAGCAAAGAGAUGGCAUUGACAAGCUCUGUGUUCAAGUCAGGAACAGCGGGUGGGGCAGGCGUGGUCUUAAGCAAACCUGUCACAUCAUCUAAAGUCUUUCCUUCACUGGCUAAGAAUGAUACUAGCUUGGAUUGGAAGCCUCUUUUGUCACAAGUCACAUGGAAAGUCUGAAAAUCAGAGACACUUACUACCCACAAUUUUGACGGGUCCCCAGCAACCAACUGUUCAGGUAAGUCAGUUUUAGUCAUGUCACCUGUGGUCUCAACUAAUACGGACCGAUUGUUCUUUGUGCGUGUUAGACACCGUCCUCUGAUUUUAGUGCGACCAAAAAUUUUAGCUUCAUCAAGUACCUUAUAAAUGUUCUCAUCAGUAACAUCAAGAGUAACCCCACUAAGCACAAUAGAAUUCUUAACAUCAAUACCGUUGUCGUCACACCAUUUGAUUAUUUGUUUGGACUCCCAUGUUUUGUUUUGUCAGUCACACAAAACACACUCAGUAUUGUGAUUACAGUGCUAUUACAACCCCGGUCAACAUUGACCGAAUUUCUUCUUCUUUUUUUUUUCUUUGCUCACAAAUACACUAGUGAACAAUAACAAUCCCGGACGAGCCCCCACAUGUAGCCCUCACUGGCAGCACUCACAAAACCGUUGAGCCCUCAGUUCACUGGGGAAAAGAAAACCGAAACCGAUUGGCAUAGGAACGCGCCCUCAAAACGCUUCAGUAGGCAAAGCGACUGGAUCCCGUAGCGUCGAAGCGGCAGCCCGGUGGCGUUCAGCAGGCAGGACCCGUGGCCUUGAAAGAGUAAAUCCAUUCGCGUUGAAACAGUCAAUCCCUUCGCAUCGAAAAACCAGGUCAAGAACCCCAAAAAAAACAACUCUUCUUCUCUCCCGCCCUCUUUUUCACACGACCCACCACCUUCCCCCCCAAUCCCAUUGGACGCACCACCCAUUCAAUCAAUCAUUAAAAAAAAAAAAAAACCUGAAAUGUUCACAGACCCCUCGGAACGCAGGACACACCAGUAUCCAUCCACACAAAGAACCAAACAAACUUUUAACUAGUUUUCACAACAGCAAUUCAAACAAAUGCAGUUCAACACAUUUUAGUCAGUACACUAUAUAUAUAUAUAUAUAUAUAUAUAUACACACACACACACACAAUCUAAAUAUCUGGGGAUCCACUGUGCAGUAAUGCCUUGACUUAUUUGUUCUGUGACCAUGCUGAUAACAUCAACUCUGUUUUAGCAGUACUCCUGUUCUCACUCGCCAACCAAAAACGGUAUCCACACUUCCCCGUCUGCUCUCACCCAAAGCCUUCUUUGUAGUGUAGUAUCAACACAUUUACCAACAGUGAGCAGCGGUUCUCUGUGAAAAUUAUAUAUUAAAACAUAUAAGAAUUUAUAUUAUGUAAGAAUCGCCUGACUGAUGAACAUCUCCUGUCCAUCCAAUCAAAGAUACCAAGUAUGCAGCUCUAUCAAAAUGGCAUAAGAGCAAAUAAAUUUACCGUAAUUUCUCAUGCAUAAUGCGCACCACCAAAGUUGACCUCAAAAUUCUGGAAAACCUUUCUACCUACGUAUAAUGCAGUUUUACAAUGCAUGAUUUUGCUUCUACCCAUGUGAUCAAAACAUUAUUAUCUGUAUUUUGUUGUUUUUUUUUCAAAGAAUUAUUCUGAAGUUAAGCACUUUAUUUGAACAUGUAAUACUUUCUUUUUAUUUACUUGCUCUUCUUUUGAAAUUCACAGCCCUACUUGUAUUUAGUAAAUGAGAAGACACAGUUGUGCUCAUAUGUUUGAUUACCCAGGCAGAAUUUGUAAGAUGGGUACAAUUCUUUAAAGAAAAUGAAGGACCAGGCGCAACACAUUUAUUUUAAUGACAUUCAAAUUAAACGGUCAAGCAUUUCAGAAAAGCAUUAUCAUUAAACAAAAUAUAACCAUUAAGAAAUUAAUCGUGGUUGUUGUUCAGUCAUUAGUCAUAUUAAAAAUAAUAAUAAUUUCGCAAAUUCUGCCAGGGUAUGUAAAUUUAUGAGUAGUCAUGCAUACCCCUGUCAUAGUGGAAUGAAAGUGUAGGCUACACCUUUUUCAUAACCGCUAGGUGUCAAUGGCAUAUUAGCAUGAAAGUGUACACCUUUCUCAUAACCUCUAGGUGGCGAUGGCAUAUGGGAAUGAAAGUGCACAGCUUUUUCAUAACCUCUAGAUGGCGGCAUACAUUUAUAAAAUGGGAAGUUUUUUCCCCCAUUUUCCCCUAUACCUAUGUAUAACGCGCACUAUUGACUUUUGGCAAUUUGGGGGGGGGGUGCGCAUUAUACACGAGAAAUUACGGUAAGUUUUGAUUCAUCAUUUUGCUGAAAAGCACUGUUUUAAAACUAAAUUUUGGGGAAUUUGAAGCAUGUUCAUACUUUGAAUUUUGUGAAAUUUUGUGCAGUUUUUAAGUUCAAGGUUAUUUUUUUUUAGGUCUUGUCUGGUUUGAGUCACAUUUGUUUUUUAAAAAAAGAAAA